CGUUGUUGAAUUAACCAAUGGCAACCAAGGAUGAUUGUUUCCUUGGUUACAAAUUUUUGUCAACCCCACACACUGUACAGAGAGAGAGGGAUAGCACAAGGCGCUUGUAGAGAGCUCUACAGAGAUGAGUGGAAGGGAUCUGCAUCCGUUCAUUACAAACUACAGAGCAGAGGAUGUUGAAAAACUGACGCUACGGAUGAAAAAUGGUCUUGGCAGCACAAAGUACAAACCUGCUGAAUAUGAAAGACUACAAGCCAUUGUUGAUGCCAAACGCCUGGAAUCUGAUCAGAUUGGACAAAAGGUUCAAAAGACUCGCUGUGCAGCCAAGGCAACCAAGGAGAGCUCCAUAUUACGGCAGCACAGACAGGUGUGGAGCAGAGAGUGCCCCAGGCUGCAAAAGGCUGAGGAGAAGGCUGAGAACGACGUACAUGAUUUUCUAGAGCAGAUCAGACCAAAUGAUAGAUUAGAUACUGCCAUCUUCUCACUUCAAGAUUAUGCGCUGGUCCUUGAGAGGGAGCGGGAGGCUUUCAGGGUAGCCACUGUUGAGCCUGUUCAUCAGCUCAAGGAUGACCUGUGCUUCAGACUGGAUGAAGUGCAACAUGAGCAGCUCACUGUUCAUCGAUCAAACUGGGAACAAGUAAUACAACAGAUAAACUUUGUUAAAGACCAGCAAGAUGGCAUAAAUGCAAAGCUUGAUGCAGAAUACCUGGCCUUGAAGGAGGAGAUUAUUGGUCUUGGUUUGGAGAAAUAUCUUAGUAGUACUUCAGAUAAUCUGGUGAAUAUAGAAAACAUUCCAGAGGAGGUUUUGGAUUCAGACUGCCCUUAUCCAGAGCUGAAGGACUCCCUGAUCCAGGCCUUCUACUCCCUGUCAGAAAGGUAUCAGAGCAGCCUGCAAGAUCUCCAAGUGAAACUGCAAAGAGCUGACCGGUUCUGUGGCUGGUGUGCAGAUGAGCACCAACGCUUUCAGUUCACUUCAUCUCAGUACACUCAAGACGUACCCAACCACAGAGUGCUCUACAUGGACAUGCUGCAAAGAUUGUUCCCUGAGAAAACUAGACAAGAUCUGAUGGAGCAUGAACGGGCGUGGGACUGGCAGCGCUUCACCCAGGCACAGCUGAGAGUGUUGACCCAGCAGUGGCAGCGUGACCAGGAGGAGCUGCUGGCUAGAGCCCUGGUCACCUUGCAGGAGGCGAGGCAUGCCCACCAGGAGGAGCUGGAGCUCCACAGAGACCGCCAGCACCAGCAGGACAUCUGCUCUCAUCUCAGGGAGAAGCUGCGGCAGUGGCGGGCUCAGCAGGAGGAGGUGGCGAAGCUGGAGGCAGUUAUAGCUGCUAGACAACGAGAGGAGGAAGAGGCGAGGUUGAAGAGGGAGCAGGAGAAGGAGACGGCCAUCAGAUCGCAGCAGAAAGAAAAAGUCAGGCAGUUUUAUUUAAAGCAGAAGAAGAAGGUGGAGGCGAUGGAGAAGAGGGAUCAAGAGAGACUUGCUAAUCUGAGGAGCAUUAUGGAAGAACAAGCAAGGAGAGACAAAGAGAGGGUGCAGUUUCGGUCAGAUAUGCUGCAGCGGCGAAGGGAGGAGAGGGAGGCACGGCAGCUUGAACGGCAGAGAGAAGAAGAAGAGAAACAGCAUCGUCUGGAAGUUCUCAGAAACCAGGUUGGGGUGGUGGCAGAGGCAGACCCAGAGAGGAUGAUGGCAGAUACAGAGGCUUGGAGGAGUCGACACUUGAAUGUAAAGGAGUUUGAGCUCCAGCGGCCUCUUUAUAGUAUUAACACGUACACAGACACACAGAUUGUGUCUGAUCCGAGAGUGCGGGCGGAGCAGGCCCUGCGGGAGGCUGGUCUGCACCACAGUCAUUAUGCCAAAGAGGUCCUGUCUGUUAUCAAGCCCCCUAAACCUCCUCGACGGGAUACCAAAUCCAUACUCAAAUUCUAACCAGAGGCUUGUGUGGGGUCACUCCAACUAUUGUUCUUGUAUUAUAUUAAAUGUAGAUAAUACAUUUUACUGUGUAAGAAUCAUACUCACAUUAACCAAGUGACACAGUGUGAUUGCUGUUACUGACUUUUAUUAUAUUAUAGGUCUUAUACGCUAAAGCACCUUAUGAGAAAAACAGUAUCAUACAUGAAUGAUGAUAAACAUGCAUCUCCACAUUUAUCGAUAUUUAUAUCACUCUCAGAAAGUUUUCAUUUGCAUAAACUUGAAUGGCAGAGGCUGCUAAAUGCAAUAAUGUCUCCAAUCAUUUAACAACACGUUCAUUGAUGAAAUACAUUGUAGGAAGGUUCACUUCAUCCUCUACUAACAGAUUGCAAAUUACUGAGAAUAAUUUCUGGGUUUGUUACAAUAUUAUGUGGUGUAAAACUUUUUGUUUCACUCGUUUAAAUGUGAAGUGG